CGAUAUGUACGGCAUGAAAUCGGAAUGAAAUAACCAAGGCAAGACCCUAGUGAAAAGUGUAUGAGUGCUAAAUACCCCAGAGAGAGAGUGUGUGCAAUGUCGGUUUUCGGUCACCAUUGAUCUAUGGCCAUGGCCGGUGAAUAUUAAAAGGGCCGCCACAACACAGAUAAUAGCAGAAAACAAACCGCUUUAGGCCAAAAUUCACUCACAAGUGUCAUAUUUCGUUUUGCAAAAGCAUACGUAUUCGUUCAUAAAAAGCGUUAAUUCGGUUAAGCACUUAAAGCGACCGGCUCCACAUGGACUGGCAUUUGGCCAGCAGAAGCCGUAGCGAUGCUGCGUUGACAGGAGCCACAAUCCUUAUCCACUGGACAAAUUGCACCUGCCUCGCUUGAAUCCGCUCCGAUCCGAUCUUCCAAGGUUCCCAGAGCUCCCAGAGUUGCCCCAGCAGACCACCUAGGCCAUCAUGUCCAGCAGUCACUCCGGCACAAUUGGCCGCAAACGCGUCGGCAGCGGCAGUGCUGCCAGCAGCGAAUAUUACUACGCUUCCGGCGGACUGGCGGGACUGCCCGGAUCCGGAAAUGGGGGAGGGGAGCAGCUGCGGCGCCAGCGCUCCGCCGAGUGGCACAGUCACGGUCGGCACACUCACGGUCAUGGCCAUGGGCUAAGCACCGGACUGGGUCACGGCAUGGGUCACGGCAUGGGUCACGGCAUGGGUCACGGCUACGGGAGCAGCAGCGAGGACGAGUACCAGAACACCGGACCGGCGACGGCCUUCGACACCCAACUGCUCGCCCAGCUGCUGCUGCAGAGUCAGCAAUUGGCAAGCAUGGAGCACUACAACUCGGACUGCGAGCCGGAGUAUCUGAGGCAGCGCGACCGGCACCUGGAGGACACGCCCCUGGGCGACGGCCCGCCCCCGGUGGCGGCCGCCCCCGAGGUGACCUACGCGCAGCCGCACCAGCAGCGCUCCACGGUGGCGGGGUCACCGCUGAAGGUGGCCACCGUCUCGGCGGGCAAGUACCAGUCGAACGCCAACCUGGGCCUCUUUCCCAACAGCAGCAGCAGCGGGGGCAGCAGCGUCCAGAAUGGAUUGACCACUGGCAACACGCCGCGCAGCACGAAUCCCUUCCUGAACAACAACAGCUCCUUGAAGUUUCCCGGCGAGGAUGGCGCCACCGCCGCCGCCGCCGCUCUGGAAAAUAUCCUGAAAUCCUCGGCCUCCUCCUCGACGGCGGCGUCGAGCAACCGGAGUCACCGCAACGCCAGGAACACCCUGAAUCGCCUCAGUGGAAUGACCAGUUCCAGCAGCGACUCCCAGACCCACCAGCAACUCCAGAUGACCCAGCAGCAGCAGCAGCAGCAGCAGAUUGCCGCGGCUAAGCAACAGCGGCACCUGCUGCCGCCGGAGGACAGCGGCGAUGAUGAGUUCGUCCUGGGCCUGGGUUCCCUGGACGUGGGCCACUGCAGCAGCGGCGGGGAGUCCGAGGAGCCGCCGCCGGAACCGGCGCCCCCCGAAAUUCCCCCGCGCACCCAGUCGCUCCUCAUGUCCCUUCGCAAGCACUCAGACUACAAGCUGAAGUACGAGGAGAAGGGCGACCAGAAGCACGAGGAGUUCAUCCCCACCAGCCAGCUGCAGAAGGAUUAUAUUAUCAGCGAUAACCUCCGUUCAGAUCAGCAACUUAAGCCCAUAUCGCCAGGAGACUCAAAUGGACUGGGUGGCCACCCACAGCAGAUGCCCCAGAGUAUGUCAACUGGCAGCAACACAAUCGGCCACGGGGGCAUCGAUCGCGGCGGCGUUGGCCUUCCGAUGGGCGCCGGUACGAUGCCCGGCGGCGUGGGCGGUGGCGGCCAGGUGGGCGUGCCCGGAGGACCGCAGGUGGGCGUCGGACCGCCCGGGAGCGGUAACGGUGGCAAUUGCCAGAUAAGCGGCUCACAGCCACUGGUCAUGCCCGGAUUCCCGUUGCGUAAUUCCCACUCAGCGCAUGCACCGCAUUAUUCGCCAUAUUCGCCAUCCAGGUUUCACAUAGAUAAACGCUGUCAGCACCGAUGUUCCUGGAAAUGCUUGAGCAUCGCCUUAAUAUUCGUAUCCGUCGUCCUAACCGCCAUGUUGGCAUACUUUGCAGCAGUCAGCUCGAUGAAGCCCAACAUGGACAGCACCAACUGCAUCCUAGUCCAGGACGUGAAGUCGCAGCCCCACGACUUGCGGGGCGGACUGGCCAAGGCGAACGAGAAGGGCGUGGCCACGGCCUUUCCCACGGAGGAGUCGAUCCAGACGAGCACCUCGGACCAUGGGCCCAACAAUCCGGCGGCGGGCGGUGUAGGCGGCGGCGUUGGAGGCAGCAAUGCGGGUAUCCAGCAGCAGCUGCUCCUGCAGCAGCAGCAGCCGCACUCGAUCAACCAGCCGCUGACCCCGCUGGACGCGACCAACACCCAGUUGCAGGAUCACCAUCAGCUGACCUACGGCGGUGCCCUUUCGGGCGGCAUUGGUGGCGGUGGUCUGAAUGGCGGUCUGAACGGCGGACUCGGUGGCCAGUUGAUGCAGCAGCCGGGUGGCAAUCUCAAUGGCCAUCAUCACCAGGCCCUGCAGCCCCAACUGGGCGGUGUGGUGGAGCUGAAGGAGUUCAACGAAGCCUAUCACGCCACCAUUCCCGCCUACCAGUUCUGGACUUUGGAAUUCCGCAACAAGCAUCCCGCUUUCAUCCGCUUCAACUUCACCCUGCCCUGGGGCGCCCACUUUGCGGUCUAUUCGCGUCGCAAUGUGGCGCCCUCGGUGACCCAGCACGACUUUGUGGAGUUCAUCAAGGGCGGGCGACUGGACAGCCAUCUGAGACACCGGCGCAGCUCCAAUGGCAGCUUGUCUGGCCGGGAUGUGGAGCUGUAUCGGCAGGAGCAGGCGGAGAAGAGUGUGGAAUCUGGCCAGGAACAGGACUCGGAGCAGGACGAGAGCCGAAGCUUUGACUCCAGCGAGUCGUACGAUGUGGAGACACCCCUGGACAUGGCCAAGCAGCAUCUGCAGAGGAUCGGCAAACCGCAGAGCCACUGGCUGAACAAGCGAUCCGCCGGCGAUGGCCUGCCCGCCCUGGAUGUGGACGCCAUGACGGUGAACGUGUCCCUGCUGCAGUAUCUGGACACUGGCUUGUGGUUCAUCUCCGUCUACAACGACGAGCUGGUGGCCCACUCCGUCUCCCUGCUGGCCGAGGAGGCCGAGGGCGUCAGCACCACCUGUCCCAACGACUGCUCCGGCCGUGGAAGCUGUUAUCUCGGGAAGUGCGACUGCAUCGACGGCUACCAGGGCGUGGACUGCUCCAAGAGCGUCUGUCCGGUCCUGUGCUCGGCACACGGACACUAUGGAGGAGGAGUGUGCCACUGCGAGGAGGGCUGGAAGGGCGCCGAGUGCGACAUUCCGGUGGGCGAGUGCGAGGUGCCCAACUGCUCUAGCCACGGACGCUGCAUCGAGGGCGAGUGCCACUGCGAGCGCGGCUGGAAAGGACCCUACUGCGAUCAACACGACUGCCUGGAUCCCCUGUGCUCCGGACACGGCACCUGCGUCGCCGGACAAUGCUACUGCAAGGCCGGAUGGCAGGGCGAGGAUUGCGGCACGAUCGACCAGCAGGUGUACCAGUGUCUACCUGGCUGCUCCGAGCACGGAACGUACGACCUGGAGACGGGCCAAUGUGUGUGCGAGCGCCACUGGACGGGACCCGACUGCUCCCAAGCUGUCUGCAGUUUGGAUUGCGGCCGGAACGGAGUGUGUGAGUCCGGGAAAUGCCGCUGCAAUUCCGGAUGGACUGGCAACCUGUGCGACCAACUGCCCUGCGAUUCCCGCUGCUCGGAACACGGCCAGUGCAAAAAUGGCACCUGUGUCUGCUCCCAAGGAUGGAACGGUCGCCACUGCACGCUGCCUGGUUGUGAAAAUGGAUGCUCUCGACAUGGACAAUGUACCCUGGAAAAUGGCGAAUACCGCUGCGAUUGUAUUGAAGGAUGGGCUGGAAGUGAUUGCUCUAUCGCACUGGAACUAAAUUGCAAGGAUAAUAUCGACAAUGAUGGCGACGGCAUGACCGACUGCUCAGACAGCGAGUGCUGCUCACAUCCCGCCUGCUCGGAGCACAUAAUGUGCCUGUCGUCCAACGACCCCGUGGAGGUCCUCCUCCGGAAACAACCGCCCUCGGUGACGGCCUCCUUCUACCAGAGGGUCAAGUUCCUGAUCGAGGAGAACUCGGUGCAGUCGUACGCCCACAUGGACGAGUACAGCGAGAAUCUCUUCUGGAGCUCGUUCACACCUUGUCGCGUUUCGGUAAUGCGAGGUCAGGUGAUCACUCCCCAAGGACUGGGCAUCGUCGGCAUCCGAGUUUCCGUGGAUCGCGAUUCCCGAUUUGGAUUCACCCUGACACGUCAAGGAGGAUGGUUCGAUGUGCUGGUAAAUGGCGGCGGGGCGGUGACCUUGCAGUUCCAGCGCUCCCCCUUCCGACCUUUGACCCGCACCGUCUUUGUGCCCUGGAACCGGAUUGUAGUCCUUCCACCCGUGCAAAUGCAGCUGAGCGACGACGACGAGACGACCAGCAGGAAUAUCAAGGUGGCCCCACUGAAUCCCGCCCUGACCUUCCUGAACUCGAUCCACUACCACACGGCCGACGAGGCCAACGAUGCCAGCAAGGUGUGCAUGGACCACGAUCACGAGAAGCUCAGGCCCCAGCUGAUCAGCACCUGGAUGCCCAAUGGAGUGGGCGCCAUGCCCGGCAAAAGGGUCAUCUUUGCGGAGACUCAGAUCGUCCAGGAAUCCAUCCAGAUCCCGGGUUCGGAUCUGCACCUGACCUACCAAUCCUCGCAGGCCAGUGGUUACCUGAGCAUCGUGCGAAUGCGCUUGACCGCCGAAACAAUUCCGCCCACUCUGACCCACGUCCAUGUGGGCGUGGAAAUCGAGGGAGCCCUGCAUGUGAAGACCUACGAGGCGGACCCCAGUUUGGUGCACACCUUUGCGUGGAACAAGCGGAAUGUGUACCGCCAGAAGGUCUACGGCGUUACGGUGGCUCGGAUUUCGGUGGGCUAUCAGCACAGCACGUGUCAAUCGCCUGUUUGGAUCGCCCAGACGGCCAAGCUGCAGGGCUACGAUGUGGAUAUAUCCGAUAUCGGAGGAUGGGGUCUGGACAUCCAUCACCACUAUAACUUCCACGAGGGCAUUCUGCAGAAGGGCGACGGCAGCACGUUGCACAUGAAGGAAUAUCCGCGAACCGUGAAGGUGGUGAUGGGCACCGGUCUGCAACGACCUCUGACCUGUCCGGACUACUGCAAUGGGGUGGCCAAGGAUGCCAAACUGCUCACCCCCAUCGCCCUGGCCACCGGACCCGAUGGCAGUCUCUAUGUGGGCGACUUCAAUCUGGUGCGUCGCAUCACGCCCGAUGGCAAGGUGUUCACCAUUCUGCAGCUGAGUGCCACCCAGGUGUCGUAUCAGUACUACCUGGCCGUCUCGCCGGCCGACGGACACCUGUACAUCUCCGAUCCGGAGAGGCACCAGAUCCUGAGACUCCUGCGCCUGGAGAAGGUCAAGGAUCCGAGCAUCAACAGCGAUCCCGUGGUGGGCAGUGGUCAGCGCUGCAUUCCCGGCGACGAGGGCAACUGCGGCGAUGGUGGACCGGCCCUGUUGGCUCGACUUUCGCAUCCCAAGGGUCUGGCCAUCGCCGCCGAUCGAACCAUGUACAUUGCGGAUGGCACGAAUAUCCGAGCCGUGGAUCCCAAGGGCAUCAUCCACACCCUGAUCGGACAUCAUGGACACCACAAUCACUGGAGUCCUGCUCCCUGCAGCGGCACCCUGAUGGCGAAUCAGGCGCAGCUGCAAUGGCCCACUGGACUGGCCCUGAGUCCCCUGGAUGGAUCGCUGCACUUCAUCGACGACCGACUCGUAUUGCGCCUCACCUCGGACAUGAAGAUCCGCGUGGUGGCCGGCACACCGCUGCACUGCAGCAAUGGCGGGCAGGACGGCCGGGUCAACAAGACGGGAGCGGACAAUGUCCUGGGCACCGUUCUGGCCAUGGCCUUCUCGCCCUUCGGUAAUCUCUACAUUGCGGACAGCGAUUCGAGGAGGGUCAACUCCAUCCGCGUGGUGGACACGGCCGGAAAUAUGCGAUACUUCGCCGGAAAACAGGAGGGCACAGGAUCCCAGACGUGCGACUGUGCGAUUGGGGGCGGCAGCAAUGGCAGCGCUGCCUCGGCGGGAGUGGGCGGGGCCAGCGGCGGCGCCUACUCGACGACCGUUAACCCCACGCGUCCGAAUGGCGGCACCACGCCCACCACCCCGUCGGGCGGAAACGGAAGCGGAAAUGGCAACGGUUCGUCGGCGACCUCGGGCGGUGGCUCGAGCGGCGGCAGCGGGGCAAAUGGCAGCGGUGGUGCCUGCAUCUGUGCUGGCGGCAUCGCCCUGUCCACCGGAUCUGGCUCCAACUCUGGCUCCGGAACCGGCGGCAGCGGCGGCGGCACCCUGGCCAGCAUCGUCGGCAGCGGCGGCCUGAUGUCCACCGGACCCACCACCACCACCACCGUCCUCCUGGGCGCCAAGACCACGGCGGCGGGCAUCGGCGGUGGGGCGGCCACCCUGAACGACGACGGAACCCUCAGCAACGCCGAGACGCUGCUCUCCUCGAACGCCCGCUUCCAGGCCAUAUCCGCCAUCGCGGUGGCCCAGGAUGGAGUCAUCAACGUGGCCGACCAAGGAUCCCUGCACGUCUUGGCCUUGGAGCACUACCUGCCCUCGCACGACGAGAACGGCGAGUUCCACAUUCCCUUCCCGCCGUCCAGCGAGAUCUAUGUGUUCAACCGAUAUGGCCAGCACGUGGCCACCAAGGAUCUGACCUCGGGAAAGACCAGAUAUAGCUUCCUGUACUCGAAGAACACGAGCUUCGGCCGCCUGUCCACGGUGACGGAUGCCUCUGGGAACAAGAUCCAGUUCCUGCGCGACUACAGCAACGUGGUGAGUUCCAUUGAGAACACGCAGGACCACAAGUCGGAGAUCCAGAUCAAUGGCAUCGGCAUAAUGACGAAGCUGAGCGAGAAGGGUCGCCAGGAGAUCGAGCUGGACUACGAUAGCAACACGGGGCUGCUCAACUCGCGGUCCUCGGGCGGUGAGACCUACAUCUAUCAGUAUGAUGAGUUUGGCCGGGUCACCGGUAUGAUCCUGCCCAGCGGCGAGAUCGUGAGGAUCACCUCCCAGCUGGCCGAUAGCCAGGGACUCACCGUCUAUGUCCAUGCCUCCGUGGAGUCGCUGUUCUCCCGGGAGCGGAUUGCCGGCGAGGCCAAUGAACUGCUGGUCCUCGGAGGAGUGAGAUCCACCUUCCUGAAGCGCGGACAGGCCCAUGCGGAUGCGGAACUCAAGGCGAACAACACGCUGGUGAUCCAUGGGGACAAUGGCGUGGUGGUGGAGGCUUCGGCGGUGGCCAGGCAUCCGCUGCUGGAGGCCGCCCUGCCCGUGGAGGCCGAGAUGCUGGCCAUGUGGUCGCACCAGAGCGUCACCAUGGGCGAGGGACUGACCAACUCGAUGUACUCGGUGUACAGUUUGGUUGGCGAUGUGAGGAAUCCCCAGCAGACGCUGAACCGCGAGAUCUGGGUGAACCAGUCGCGGGUCAUAGGCGUAGAGUUCGAUCAGUUCACCAACCGGGAGACCUUCUACGACGCCCGACGCACCCCCAUCCUGAUAGUGGCCUAUGACCAGUCGGGUCUGCCCAAGUCCUACUACCCCACCAACGGAUAUCCGGUGAACAUCACCUACGAUCGCUUCAACCGAGUGGAGGGCUGGGCCUGGGGACCGGCGGAGCUCAAGUACAGCUACGACCGACAUGGCCUACUCUCCGAGAUCACCUCGCAGCAGGACGGUAUCGUGUCCUUUGUGUACAAUGACUGGAAUCUGGUCUCCGAGAUCGGGCUGGCCAGUCAGCGGAAGUUCGUGCUGCAGUACGACGAUGCCGGCGGACUGAGGCAUGUGGUUCUGCCCUCGGGAACGAGGCAUAGCUUCAGCAUGCAGACCUCGAUUGGGUUCAUCCGGUGCACCUACACGCCGCCGGGCAGCACGAGGGCCUAUCUGCAGCACUACAGUCAUGCGGGCGCCCUGCUCCAGACGAUCCUGCCGGGAGAUGGAGCCAGGAUUGUGUACCGCUACAAUGCCGCUGGCCAGCUGACCGAGGUGGUCCACGGGGAUGGGCGCAGUGAGUUCCAGUACAACGAGGCCACCGGAAUGCCCAGCACGGUGUCGCAUACGGAAAGGGAACUGGAGUACCGCUGGGACUUCGAGUAUGCCGCCGGCUUGCUGGCCGAGGAGCGCAUCGACUAUGUUGCCAAGACGGGACUGAGCAAUGCCAAGUUCAGCUACGAGUACGACUCCCAGCUGAGGGUGGUGGCUCUGCAGGGCAGGAUCGGUGGUCAGAGUCUGCCGUCGCAGGCCUUUGCCUACGAUCCACGGACCGGAAGACCCUCUUUGAUUGGACAGUUCCGGUUCUCGCAGCCGGCACAGAAUCAAACCCAGUUGCACGAUGGCACUGCUAGCUUCACCAGGACAGUGGAUGGUCGCUUCCAGACGCAGAGAAUGGCCCUGGCCAUCCACCGGCUGGAGGUGUUCCGCAUGGAGUUCUCCUAUGGCGUGCACGGCAGGAUCAGCCAGACCAGGACCUACACACGGAACAUGGCCGUGAACAGCUAUACCAAUGUAAAGAACUACACCUGGGACUGCGAUGGACAGCUGGUGGGCGUGGAGGCCCAGGAGCCUUGGGGCUUCCGCUACGACGACAAUGGCAAUCUGCUAUCCCUCACGUAUAGGGGCAAUACCAUACCCAUGGAGUACAAUGCCCAGGACAGGAUUGUGAAGUUCGGCGAGGGGCAGUACAAGUACGAUGCCCGCGGCUUGGUGGCCCAGAAUGCCAGAGAGGAGAGGUUCCACUAUAAUACCCAGGGUCUCUUGGUGAGGGCCUCCAAACGAGGUCGCUUUGAUGUGCGCUACUACUACGAUCAUCUGAAGCGUCUGACCACCAGAAAGGAUAACUUUGGCAAUGUCACCCAGUUCUUCUACACCAAUCAGCAGCGACCCUACGAGGUCAGCCAGAUCUAUUCGCCCAGGGAUGGCAAGCUGAUGUCGCUGACCUACGACGAUGUGGGUCAUUUGAUCUUUGCACAGGUGUACCGGCACAAGUACUACGUGGCCACGGACCAGAGUGGCACUCCUUUGAUGCUCUUCAACCAGUAUGGCGAGGGCAUCCGGGAGAUCAUGCGUUCGCCCUUCGGUCACAUUGUCUACGACUCGAAUCCCUAUUUGUAUCUGCCCAUCGACUUCUGUGGAGGCAUCCUGGACCAGGUGACCACCCUGGUGCACAUGGGCGAUGGCCGGGUGUAUGAUCCACUGAUUGGCCAGUGGAUGUCCCCCGAUUGGCAAAGGGUGGCCGAGAGGAUCAUUACCCCCACGAGGCUGCAUCUGUACCGCUUCAAUGGCAACGAUCCCAUCAAUGUGGGUCACGAGCGUCACUAUCCCGAGGACUUUGCCGCCUGGAUGCGAACUUUGGGCUACAAUGUGGGUAAUCUGGUGCCUCAGCUGGCCAGGGAUUUGUGGCAACCGCCGGCGCUGUGGGGUCGUCCUCCGGCCAAUCCGGUGGCCCUCAAUCUGCGCCGACCCUUCGACAACAUACCCACCAUGGCGGUGGAGAGCGGCUUCCUGGCCCACUUGAAUGUGCGCCGAAUGUCGGACUUUGAGCAGCUGUCGGCGCCACCAAGAUCGGCCCUCAAAUGCGAUGUGAUGGACCCCUCGCCGAAGACCAUUGGAUCGGAUACGGAGCCACCUUUCGGCAAGGGCAUCGUCGUGUCCCGCACCGCCGAUGGCCAGGCCAUUGUGUCCAGUGUUCCGGCUGCCAAUGCCAUUUACAGGGAUGUCUACACGAGUGUCUUCAAUCGCUCCAAGCUGCUGCCCUUCACCUUUGUGGUGCACAAUGCCCAGCAGGACUCGUUCUUCUUUGUCAAAGAGGAUGCCUGGCGGGCCACCGAGGAUCGCCAGCAGCUGAAGCGGCUGCAGGGUCAGGUGAACACCACCUUCCACGAGAUCACAAGGGAGGCGCCUGUGGGUGGUGGUUCGGGUGGGGCAACUGGUACUGCCUCCUCCUCCUCGUCGAGCAGCUCCUCCUCGAACACUGGCAACUAUCUGGAUGUGAAGAUCCAUGGGGCACACGCCAUCAUCAAUCUGCGGUACGGCACCACCGUGGCCAAGGAGCAGCAGCGACUGAUGCACCACGCCAAGCUGACGGCGGUGCGGAAGGCGUGGCACCGCGAGAAGGAGGCGCUGCGCAGCGGACUGACCACCACGCUGGAGUGGAGCCAGCAGGAGACCGAGGAGAUCCUCAAGCAGAGCUAUGCCAACAACUACGAGGGUGAGUACAUCCACGAUGUGAACCUCUAUCCGGAGCUGGCGGAGGAUCCGUACAACAUCAAGUUCGUGAAGAAGAAGGGCGCCACCGGCGGUGCGGCGGGGGUUCCGAAUUCGCGGCGGAGGCGCCGCCGAUCCACCGAUCCCAUCGAUCCUGUCCAGGAGGAGGAGGAGGCUAUGGUCGAAUGUUAGCUCAACGGAGGGAGGACCCACUAAAUCGCAAGGAGCGUCGCAAGAACCCAAGAACAGGAGACAUAAUUAUUUAUAUUUAUAAAUAUAUAUAUAUAUAUCAAAGUAUAUAUAUAUAUAGUACAUAAAUCUAUGUUAUCGAACCAGUUUUUUGAUGUCAAGGAACAUUAUAUAUAUAUAUAUACACGUAUACAUAAAAUAUUUUUUUUUUUAUUGUUAGCUAUUAGAGAAAAGUAAUGAAAAGUAAAAGAAAAAAGAAAAAGAAAAAGUAAUGGAAAUUAAGAAAGCGACAUGCCAACAUAAUCCCAUGUAGCUGCAUGUACGUUUAUAUGUGUGUGUGUGUGCCGUCAGCUACAGAUACAGAUACAGAUACGGAUACGGAAUAAAGAAUAAUACAGCCACGGAUAUAGAAGCAGUUAUAGAUAUACAGAUAUAUAUAUAAUAAAGAUAUAAAGAUAAUGGAUAGCAUAGUGUAGUAGUCAUACGAGCAUAAAGCGUACCAUACAUACAAGACAUAUGUACAUGCAUACUCACCACAAUAAGGGGCGAAGGCGGGAAACUCACCAUUCGGGGGGCGGGGCGGGUGUAUCCUUUUUUUUCGUGGUACUCGAGCUUUUUGAGACUGGCAUAGUUUUAAACAACAACAAAUUGAACGGCGACCGACCGACGACGGACCUUCAGGAGCUGAUCCCACAGAUCUAUCGAUUCCAGCCAUCCAAUGUACAUAAAGGGGCGAUGAGGAGAGUGGUGGGCGAACCGGAAACGGAAGUGGACGUGGACAUUUUGGGGGACGGCCCAGACCAAAACACCCACAGACACACACACACACAUAGACCGACGGACUAACUACACUAGACAACCGGUUUUGGGGUUGUGGGAGAUUUUUGCUUAGCGAAAGCUUUCUCUCAUUUGCUUUGCACAGUGUCAGCUUCGAAAAUUCAUCGGAAAAAAAGAAAAGAACAAAAAAACAAACGUAUUUAUAGAGAUGGAAGAAAUAAAAUUUAGCUGCUAGGCGAAAUGUUUUUUUUUUAAUAACAUAUAUAUAUGGAUAUACAUUAAAUAUAGAGAACACACACACACAUAUUUAUAGAGAGAAACCUAUAGCUGUAAUGUCCUGAUAGAUAAGUUUAAGUUUUGUCCUACUUAAUUAACUAAUUUAUUCAUUAUUAUUGUUCAUAUGGCCGAGGCAAGGGCAAACACACAAAAAUCCACAAUCCAAAAAGAGAGAAAAACAUAAAAAAUAUAUCGAACUAAUUUUAAUUAUACAUAUGUAAUGCUAUUAUUGUGUGGAAUGUGAAAUGUUUUGUUAUUAUUUGUAAGUCUGCUUUUCUCGAACUCAGCUCAAUGCGGCCCAUAUAAACUCACAACCAUAAAACGAAUCGAACUAAAUAAAGCUUAUAAAAACAGUAUUAAAAAAACAACACAAACACGAAAUAGAUAUAUGUUUUCAGCUUGGAACCUUGAUCGAGAUCGUUGAGCUUUCCGUCCAAUUUGAUUGAGAUUGCCAGGGAUCCAGAAAGAUAUUAGAUGCCAAUUAAAGUAGAACUUAAUCGGAUGAUUUUCGCCCAUUUUGCUUCGCUUGAGAAUACCACACACACACACUGCAGCCCGAAUUUCCCUAGUUUUCCAUGAAUUGGUGCUUAUCGAAUUUAUUGCCACAACUAUAUGUGUAGCUAUAGUUGAAUAAUCGCGUGUGUGUUGAUCGUUUCCUUGCCUCCUAGAGAUUAAGCGAAGAAAUGCUAAUAAAAACCCGUAGAGAAGGAAAACAAAAGAUUGCUGAAUUAGUUGCGAACGAGCAAGAAAACGAAAUUUUAUAAAAAUUACCAACUCGAAAACCGAAAACAGAAAAAACCAGACCACAAAACGAGGCCAAAACGAUCGAUCAGUUGGACAAGAAGGGAGCCGGAGGAGCCAGCCAAGUAGAACGCAUCUUAGAGCAGAAUGAGUGUCCGUAUGAGUGUCCGCAUAAGGGAGAGAGUGCUGUCAGCCCAAGGGGGUUUCGUGUCCGCUGAGGGGAGAGAAUGCACGGACGACAGAGAGUGACCGGACAAGUGUCCGCUCAACAGAGAGACAGUGUCCGUUCAGGAGAGAGAGGGUCCGCGUGCGUGCGAUAGCGUUAUAUCAAAAUAUAAGAAAGAAAAUUCGGUGUCUCCCGACAUUUGCCGGAGUAUCUGUGUAUAUAUAUUAAGGCUAAUCAAGGUAAACUAGUGUUAUAUCGUAUAUGGCACCGUGCAUCGUAAUCGCUAGUUAUAGAAACAAAGAAAAUAGAGGCCCACACGCAAAAGUGUGCGCAAUUUUUUUGCUUUUUUUUCUCCAUCGUUGUCGCGGCUAACUAGAUGUAAAAUAAACGAGACAAACUAUGCGAUAAAUGGCAUAUAUAUAUGUAUUAAUAUAUAUGUAGUAUGUAUAGGAGUCUAUGUGUUAGAUGUACGUGUGCGGGGUACCACUGUACUUUCCGCUCGAAUUUCUCCCAUCUGGUUUUCGAUUCGUUUCCAUUUCCGUUUCGUUAAUUGGCAAACCAAAACAAUUCGAAAAAGAGCAGGAGUCAGUUACCUAUUAGAAUUUGGCAAGCAUAAAAAGCAAACAAGUAACAAAAUGAAAAACAAAAAAAAAAAAACGAAAUGAAAUUGCUUCAAAAGCAAACAAAAAAUAUAAACAAAUGGCACACUAAAAUUAACAUUACGGAUUAGAGCGAACUAUGAAAUGGCUUGAGAACGGCGGAAACCGAAAUAAAAUAAAUAAAAAGUAACAGUAAAAGUAAAAUAAAACAAGAACAGCAGACGCAGCAACAAAUAUUUAUGUGUACAUAACUGAAAAAACCAAGUAUUUUAGGAUAUUUAUGUUAGAGCUACACGAACUUCAACUCAAACCGAAGGAGUAACUUACAACUGAACCUAAACUUAAACCUAAACUAACGCUAAAGCCGGUGGGCGGAAAGGAGGAGAAAUACUUAGCAAAUAAAGAAACAGGGAAACAAUUGAGAUAAAUUAACAUUUAAACGUUUUGCACACCACAAACAAAAUAAACAAGCUAAACAACAACUAGAAGGCAACUCACACAGAUACAGAUACAGAAACCGAUACAGAUACAUAUACACACGCACACAGAUACACUCACACCGACAGAAAUACAGAUGCAUCUACACUCGACAGCAAAGCAAACAACAAAAUUUAGCAACAACAAGAAUUUAUGAGAUAUAAUAAACAAAUAAACAAAAUAAUAUAAACAAACCAACCAAAAGGCAGCGACGCAGCAAGAAAAGUUGAAAUACUUAUUAUAAACAAAUAAAACGCAGAGGAGAACAACAAAAAAAGGAGAACAAAUUAUAUUUAUUAGACAAAAUAGCAGAGAAGAGGAAUCUGUAGUAUAUCGAACUAUGUAAUUCACAAAUAGUAAAUAAACCGAGGCAAAACCAAGCAAACCUAAGGAAUAUUGUAGGGCAAAUUCAACUAAACUAAACGUAAAACGAAAAACGAAAAUGAACAAAAAAACAUAAAACACCCCAACUUUUUUUUGUCUGUGUAAGCUUAGUGGAGAAUUCAAGGGCCGGCGGGGGCAGCAACCCCCCUUCCCACAACAACCCCCCCGCAAUUGUCAAUGCAAACGAUAAACGAUAACCCCCAUUCAUCACCUAGAUCCCCCUAGGCAUAUGCAUAUAUCUAUCGGUAAAUGAACAAUUAUAUAUGGCAUUAUAUUACCACAGCAGAACAGUAAAAUAAAAUGACAUCAAAUAAAAAUAAUUACGAUAAUUAUUGCAAUAAUGAUAAUGAUAUACCAUAUAUGUAAUGAUUUCAACGCGAAACCAGAAUAUUUUAAGCGUAUUAAGUUGAACUAUAUUAUAUAUGAAAAUAUAUAAAUGGAAAAAAAAAACAAAAACGAAAAAAAAAGAACGCGACAAGCGAUAAAAAUAAACCAAAACAAAAAAGAAAACCACACACAACACAACUUCUGAGGAUAUCAAGGGUCUAAGAAUAAAUAAAAACUAAUGAAUUAAUUAAAAAUAAAUAAAUGAAUAUGAAAACUAAA